CCGCCGCCCAGCCCUGGGAGCGCCGGGUGGGCAUGAGAGCCGCGUGCCGGCCGCCCCCCGCCGCCCGCCGCGCCCGCGCCCCGCAGCCGCCGGAGGGACUCGGAGCCGCCGCGCCGCGAUGUCCAGGAGGAAGCAGAGCAAGCCCCGGCAGAUCAAACGCGCCUUGGGUGAGAUGGGAGAAGGGACCGGUGCUCCGCUGGAAGACGACUGCCUGUCCGAGAAGGAAGGAAGCGCUUCGGAUCGUGAAGGCUCCGUAGAAGGCGAAUCUUCGGCCUCCACAUGUAGCGACAAGGCUGAGUCCAAAGAGAACAUGGAGAAUCCAGAAGAGUCAGAUAAGCCACAAAUGCCAGAGAUCGAGCUGUGGAUGGGACCAGAUGAGUUGGAGCUUCUGACCUUGCAGGCGGAGAGCAAGGUGUGCGCCAAGUGCAGCAUCCCCGGUGGGGUGUUUUGGGGCCCAUUCCCAGGAAAUAUCCACAGUGAACCGUCUUCUCCAGGACUGGCCGAGUCGCUGAGCCCACCAGUGACCCUGAUCCUGCGGGAUGACACUUGCUGGCUGGCAAAGCUGUCUUUGGUCUCUGGAGAAGGGGACGCCAAUUCGGUGAUCUACAAGAAGGAUGACGCCAUUUGGUGUAAAACCACCAAGCCUCUUUCAGAAGGAGAAGCGCUGAAGGCGUUUGUCAUGGCUGAGCCGAUGGGUAUCCCGAACCACGCUGGCAAGACCGAGGGCGGGGACUCUGCCCCCGCUGUAGCUCUGCCUCCCGAAAUCCAGCUGCUUCCGCAGCAAGCUGGGAUGGCAGCCAUCUUGGCCACGGCAGUUGUCAACAAGGAUGUGUUUCCCUGCAAAGACUGUGGCAUCUGGUACCGGAGCGAGCGGAACCUGCAGGCCCACCUGAUGUACUACUGUGCCAGCCGCCAAAACACCACCUCACCCACCAUGGACGAAAAGCCCAAGGAGGCCUACCCCAACGAGCGCAUCUGCCCCUUUCCCCAGUGCCAGAAGAGCUGCCCCAGCGCCAGCUCCUUGGAGAUCCACAUGCGCAGCCACAGUGGAGAGAGGCCGUUUGUUUGUCUCAUCUGUCUGUCUGCCUUCACAACAAAAGCGAACUGUGAGCGACAUCUGAAAGUACACACAGAUACCCUGAGUGGUGUCUGCCACAGCUGUGGCUUCAUCUCCACCACUCGGGACAUCCUCUACAGCCACUUGGUCACGAAUCACAUGAUCUGCCAGCCGGGCUCCAAAGGAGAGGUCUACUCCCCAGGCCCCACCACUAAAUCACUAGCCCCGGGCUUGUCUUCUCCCGGCUUGUCCUCUGCGCUCAAGUGCAGCUUUUGUGGCUACGUGGCCAACUGCUUGGCCAGCCUCCAGCAGCACGGGGCUCUGCACAGCACUGCAGCGACGGCUCUGCCCAACUCAGAGCCCAAAGCUGCCCAGCAGAGCCAGCCAGAGGCCCCUGCCAAAUCACCUUUACAAGGAGCAAAGGGGUCCCCUGCAGAGGAAGCGGGAAAUGGUUCUCCUUCACACGAAAAAAGUCCCUCUCCUGCCUGGGUGGAUGGGGCACCCCCCGUGCGAAUCAAGGAAGAACCCUUAGAUGAGGGGGAAAACCCUCAGGGAGUGCCCCAAGAGGAGACGGCUCCUGGACCUGAGGCUGAGCCAGAUGCGUCCCCCGGGGUUCCCUCGCCACACAGCCUGCACCCCGUGAAGGUGAAGUCUGAGAUCGCCAGUCCCACGCCAGGAUCCAGCCCGGUGCCCGGCGAGCUUGGUUCCAGCGCUCCCGGAGGCCCUGUCUUUCUACCACAGUACGUGUUCGGCCACGAAGCCGCCGUGAUGCCUCAGGCCUCGGAGAUCCUGGCCAAGAUGUCCGAGCUGGUUCACAGCCGCCUAAAGCAAGGCCACGGUGGGGUGCCGCCCGCCCUCUUCCCAGGCACCCCGGUGCCCAAAGGCGCGACCUGCUUCGAGUGCGAGAUCACCUUCAACAACAUCAACAACUAUUACGUCCACAAGCGUCUUUACUGCUCCAGCCGCCACCUCGCCGAGGAAGGGCCCGCCGGCCCCCGCAAAGCCAAGCUGGCUCCCGCCGCCGCACCCAAAGGCCUGAGCCCUGCCGGGCCACGUCUGUCACCCCCGCCACCCGGAGAGAGCCACACAGCGCAGGAGGAGGAGCCCGAGGGGAACGCCACCCCUCCCGCCCUGGAGGUCAAGCAAGAGGUCAAAGCGGAGGAGGGGGCAGCCAAAGCCAGCCCUUCCCCCGAGGCAGAUGGAGCCGGGCGCAUCAGUGAGGGGAGCCAAAGCCCAGGGGCCAGCUCUGUGGAGGAGCCGGAGGACGACCCCAGCCGGACCGUCUGCGAAGCCUGCAACAUCCACUUCAGCCGCCACGAGACCUACAUGGUGCACAAGCGGUACUACUGCGCCUCCCGCCACGACCCGCCCCUGCGCCGGACCAGCGCGGCCAGCAGGCUGCCCUUCCUCCCGCAGCCGAUCCGCACGCGCAAGCGCCGCAAGCUGUACGAGAUCCACGGCGCCAGCAGCCAGGCGGGGGCUGCCCCGGAGGCCCCACGACCCGAGGCGCCCCUGGUGGUCCCCGCGCUCAUCUCCAUGGUCAGGGCUGCCCCGUCCCCCAGCUCCAGCCCAGAUGCCGAGGGCCCCAUCGACCUCAGCAAGAAGCCGCGCCUGCGCAGCGGGGGCUGCGUGCUCCCGGCCUCCCUGCCCCCCCUGGCGGACUACCACGAGUGCACAGCCUGCCGGAUCAGCUUCCACAGCCUCGACAGCUACCUGGCCCACAAGAAGUACUAUUGCCCAGCCACGCCCUUGCAGCCGAGCACCGUGGAGCAGCUGCAGAAGACCAAGGGCACCGUCCCGGCGCAUCUGCAGCCUCGGGAAGGCCCAGAGGGCCUGGCUGAGGAGCCCGAGGGGGCUCCCGUCAAGACGGAGAAGGCCGCGCCUUCCUCGAGCCCUGGGGCAGCGCCCGCCAGCUUCCCUGGGGCGGAUCCACUCCAGCAGCGCUACCUGGAGGGCAAAGCCCAGCAGCUCCAAGGUGCAAAGGUGCCCCUGGCCGUGUGCCCUUACUGCCCAAUCAAUGGCACUGUGAAGGGGGACUUGGUAGAGCACUUCCGUAACGCCCAUGGACUGUUCAUGGCCAAAACAGUGGCGGGGGCCACGUUGAUCGAGGCCACCCGGACGCUGGCCGACGGCAGCCUGCUUCCCCCGCUGCCAGCCGCCUCCCCGCCACAGCCCGCCCCCCAACUGCCCAAGGACAGCUUCAAUGGGAAAGAGGCUCCUGCCCCCCCCACGUCCAACGGGAGCCCUCGCCCCACGGCUUCUCCCCAGCCCCUCCUGCCCCUCUCCCCCUCUGUCCCCUUGCCCCUGUCGCCCCUGCCCGAGGCGCUCCCCAGCGCCCUCCCUCCUGGCUACACGGACAAAGCUGCACAGGCCCCUCCGGGCAAAGGGCUCCCCGCCCCCAUCGCCAACGGCAGCCACCGGUAUUGCCGCCUUUGCAACAUCAAGUUCAGCAGCCUGUCCACCUUCAUCGCCCACAAGAAGUACUACUGCUCAUCGCAUGCCGCCGAGCACAUCAAGUAGCGCGCCAGCCCUGCCCCUCGUGCCCAGGCAGUGUUGGCCUUCUGGGAAGAUGGGCCUCGUGGCAUCCGAGGGAGCUGCCACCCGAAGUGCCCUCUGCCCUCAGGUCUGGGACCAGGGAGGGUUUGGGCUUGCCCUGGGAGUGCACCUGGAGGACGGGGUCUUCCGUAGCAGAGCCUGAGAGAGAGGGAGACGAAGACCCAGGGGGCCUGCAGGGACCCUGCCUCGGCUGAAGCCCAGAGCCCCAGUAGGCAGGCCCAGGGACCACCCUCUUAUGCCCAGCACAAGGAGGGUGCCCCCUUCUCCCUGUCCUCAAGGCCAGCUUGUUCAGGGUCAGCUGAGGUAGGACCUGGUAGGGAUGAACCGCAGCUGAGCAGCAGCAGAGCCCGAAUGCGAUGGGCUUUUUCAAUUCCUCCGACCCCUCAGUCCCCAGUUCUGGCGAUUUCGCUAUCGGCCAACUGCCACAGCGGUGACCCAAGAGAAGUCACGAGUCGCAGAAUCUGGGUCUCGGAUCUGGCACGCACGUGUUUCCCUUGCUCUGGGCCAGGUCUUCGUUUGGGUGGCAGAUACGCCUCGGUGUGCCUGGCAUGCCCCCAAAUGCCCAGGCCGCCACGCCCCAAGAUCAGUGGGCCAGACCCUGAGCAUUGCCAGGGGCUCAGUGUGUCUUAGAGCAGAAGGAGGGAGCACAAGGCGGCCCCUGGAGGAUUGGGGGCUCUGAUGCUGAGGAUGAGGGGCAGCCAUCCAGGUUCACGGGUAGAAUCACUGGGUGCUUUGCACCAGUGGUCCGAUGUCUGAAUCCCUAUAAUUUCAAUUCUUUUCUGAAACACAUACUUAAAAAAGAACAGAAACUGUGAAAUCAGUCUGAUGGUGCAAAGUCCUCUUGUUUUUUGGGGGGGAGGGGGGAGGAGACCACCUGCUGUCCAUCCAUCCAUCCAUCCGUUUUUGUCUCCUUUCCCUGGAUUCCUUUUUGGUUCCGGACGUCCCUCCUUCAGUUGGGACCGGCCCCUGUUCGGCUUGCCCCAGGCCCUUCCCUUCGAGAAACUACAUAAAAUUGAGGAGGGGGGAGAGCCAGUGGGCUGUUCCUGGGGAUGAACUCCCAGUUAUCCCCAGAGCAAGAGGAGAAGUACGGCCCUUUAGUAGUUGGGAGUGGGGGGCGGGCCUGCCCCCUGUGUAUGCUCAGAGACCUUGAUUCUUGGCCUGCCUUGCCCUUUUUCUAAAGCACAACCCCCUCCCACUUUUCAGGGAGGUGAGAGGUCAUGCACCCCUCCUCCUGGAGCUUGCAAGGGGCAGAGGCUUUUCCAGGCCCCUCCUUGCAGAUCCCAGCGGUGAACGAUGCCUCCCCACUGGCGGCCUUCUGUGACGCUUCCCGCCAACUGGAGGCACAAACCAGCCUUCCCUACAGAAAAACUCAGCCCCAGUUUGCCUUCUGCUUCUCUGGGCUAUGUGGGCUUUCUGAGGCGUGGUGCAGCUGCUGCGGCUUCCUGGCCUAGCAGAAGACCCUUCGGGGUCCGUGCCCAGCACCCUUCCCAAGCAUUUGAAACUGGCACUUGCUGCUGCCACCCGCGGGUGGCACCCUGAAGGUCAAGUGGGUUCUCAGGCAUCCUGCAAGCAG